CCCCAAAAAACCGGAUCGAGUAUAAAGCGGCGGAGGCGGAGCUUCCGAGCUCCGCGUCACCUCGAUUUCAUCGACCCACCUUUGCCUCUUCCCCAACUGGCGUUAUAACUCUCGCCUCCCUCUCUCCGAUCGCAUCUCUUUCUCUUCCUCGAAUCCUCACCCGGCCCUCAUUCUCUUCUUCAGGGUUUCCUGACGAUCAUGGACCUCACUGUCGUCUUCAAGCCUGCGUUGUCGCCUCCCGGGUUGUUUCCCAGACAUGCUGGAGGAAUGAAAAGCUCACAAUGUAGCUUUAGUGUGGGAUAUUCUCCAGUCUUCCAUAAAGUGUGUUCUUCCAGGCAAAUGACUGCUCAUACAAACAGGAGGUUAAAAUAUAAUGGAGGGGCUCUUAAUGCAACUUGCCAGGGUGGGAAGAUUCUUGUGGCAAAUAGAGGAGAAAUUGCAGUCAGGGUGAUCCGAACUGCACAUGAAAUGGGAAUACCAUGUGUUGCUGUGCACUCUACAAUAGAUCGGGAUGCUCUUCACGUGCGGCUCGCAGAUGAGGCAGUAUGCAUUGGUGAAGCACCAAGCAGUCAAUCGUACUUGUUCAUUCCAAAUGUUUUAUCUGCUGCUGUCAGUCAUCGAUGUACCAUGUUACAUCCUGGUUAUGGAUUCCUAGCUGAGAAUGCUGGUUUUGUCGACAUAUGCAGAGAGCAUAGGAUCAACUUUAUUGGCCCAAAUCCUGACAGCAUCCGAGUAAUGGGCGAUAAAUCUACAGCAAGGGAAACAAUGAAGAAAGCAGGUGUCCCUACCGUACCUGGAAGCGAUGGACUAUUGCAGUCAACAGAGGAGGCUGUGAAGCUUGCUCAUGAAAUUGGCUUUCCUGUCAUGAUCAAGGCAACUGCUGGUGGUGGGGGACGGGGAAUGCGUCUAGCAAAAGAACCUGAAGAGUUUGUGAAGUUGCUACUGCAAGCUAAGAGUGAGGCAGCAGCGGCAUUUGGAAAUGAUGGGGUUUAUUUGGAAAAGUAUAUCCAGAAUCCAAGGCAUAUUGAGUUUCAGGUUCUUGCAGACAAAUAUGGUAAUGUUGUCCAUUUUGGAGAGCGUGAUUGCAGCAUUCAGAGGAGAAAUCAAAAGCUUCUCGAGGAAGCUCCAUCACCUGCUUUGUCCCCAGAACUACGGAAAGCUAUGGGUGAUGCUGCUGUAGCAGCUGCUGCAUCUAUAGGUUACAUUGGUGUUGGAACUGUUGAAUUUCUAUUGGAUGAAAGAGGUUCUUUCUACUUCAUGGAGAUGAACACCAGGAUUCAGGUAGAACAUCCUGUCACAGAAAUGAUUUCUUCAACUGACUUGAUUGAGGAACAAAUUCGAGUGGCUCUCGGAGAGAGGCUGACCUACAAACAGGAAGAUAUUGUUCUUAGAGGGCAUUCAAUCGAGUGCCGCAUUAAUGCAGAAGAUGCCUUCAAAGGUUUUCGUCCUGGGCCUGGGAGAAUCACUUCAUACUUGCCAUCUGGAGGUCCAUUUGUGAGAAUGGAUAGUCACAUUUACCCGGGCUAUGUGGUUCCUCCAAGCUAUGAUUCCCUACUUGGAAAGCUUAUUGUUUGGGCACCAACAAGGGAGAAGGCAAUAGAAAGAAUGAAAAGGGCGCUGAAUGACACUAUUAUCACAGGAGUUCCUACCACUAUUGAGUACCAUAAGUUAAUUCUGAAUGUUGAGGACUUCAGAAAUGGAAAGGUGGACACGGCUUUUAUACCUAAGCAUGAGAACGAGUUGGCUGCACCCCAGAAAAUGAUCCUGUCUACCGCAGCCGCAAUGAGCAACUAAAUUGAUCUGUGUAAUGGUUCGGCAUCAGAAUAACCAAGUGAUUAUUUUGUCUCUUUGCUUAGAAUUUACCAUGCUUUCUGGCAUAUGAGGCGUUUUAUUUUAAGUAACUUGCAGAUUUGGGUUACAGUCACCAUAUCAGAUGUAGAAUUAUCUUUUAUUUAAAGUGAAAAGAAGGAAAGAAACAGAUGUGCAUUGGCAGGACAUUACUUUUGAACAUAGGGAGUUUGUUUUCUGGGACUCA